AUGGUCAAUAGCAAAAUGUUUAUAGGUGGUCUAAGUUGGAUGACUAACACAGAAAAAUUACGGGAAUACUUCGAGAAAUACGGUGAAAUCACUGAAUGCGUUAUCAUGCAUGAUCCCAUUACCAAACGCUCAAGGGGAUUUGGCUUCGUUACUUUCACUGAUGCCGAUAAUGUGGAAAAAGUUUUGCAAAGCGGGCCACAUAAGUUGGAUGAUAAAAAUAUUGAUGCUAAGGUAGCUUAUCCUAAAAAACAAAGGCAGAAGCUGGUGACUAGAACGAAGAAGGUGUUCGUUGGCGGAAUUGCUACCAAUACCACGACAGAAGAUAUUACAAAGUAUUUUGAAACUUUUGGCCAGAUAGAGGAUGCUAUGCUGAUGUUCGACAAAUCAACUCAAAGACAUCGAGGCUUCGGAUUCGUAAUAUUUGAAUCGGAAGAUUCUGCUGAUAAGGCUUGCGAAGUUCAUUUCCACGAAAUCAACAAUAAAAAAGUUGAAGUCAAGAAAGCACAACCUAAAGAAGUCAUGCAUUCCCAGACUAGUGGAACAAAGGGUCAUCUCAAAACUAAUCACAAUCGUGGAAUUCGUAAGUUAUCAUGUAGUUCUUAUACCAUAUCUGUACCGUAUGUAGAAAUUUAA